AUGGAUAUUGCUGAUCAAAUGACAACACUUCCAACACAAAAGUCCAUCUUUGACUUCAGUGAGGUGGAUGCUAAUGGGAAUGCAAUAUCGCUGGAGGUGUACAAGGGGAAAGUGUGUCUGAUUGUGAAUAUAUCAUCAAAUGAUGCUGCCACUUUGGGUAAAUUUAAACAAUUGGAUACACUAAAUCGAAAGUAUGAGGAUCACGAUUUUGCCAUUCUCCUGUUCCCGUGCUCACAAUUUGGCCCAAGGAAUUCCAUGAGAGAAAUCAUGAGUAUGAUCGAUAAAGAGCAUCUCCGCGUUGGUGACUUAUUCCAAGAAAUUGAUGUCAAUGGCUCAAAAGCGUCACUUUUAUAUAAGUUCCUCAAGGCAGAAAGACCAGGAAAUAUGGGUGGUUUUAUAAAUUGCAAUUUCACCGUAUUUGUCAUCGAUCGCAAUGGGUAUCCUGUGGAGCGUCUAAAUCCUAAUGUUCAUCCCUAUGUCUUGGAAGAUACUAUUGAAAAGUACUUUUAA